AAAUCACCAUCAAUGAGACGACCUAUGCAUGCCCCAAUUUCUAUUUCCCAGGAAGGCGACACGGCAUCGCGUAGCAGCAAUCGCUCUAUAUAGAGCUCUGCUGUCACGAUGCACGUCCAUUCCACUCGCCGAUGAGAACCAAAAGGAAUUGAGCAACGUCGUGCGCCAAAAGUUCCGCAAGAACCGGAAACUUCAAAGUCCAUAUCAAAUUGGGCUUGCUUUCCGCGCUGGAUAUGAGACUCUCGACCACCUCGACGCUGCCUCUGCUGGCAGCGAGAAAAGCACCAGCUUCAUACAAAAGCUCUUAGAAUCACUCCCGCCUGGAAUCAAACGGCCUCCUCCCAUACGCCGACCCGCCACUCCGAAGCCCACAAGCCCUCCCAAGAAGCCUGUCCUCGAUGUCCGCCCCUACGCUCAACUGUCAGGGCCCCGACACAUUCCAAAACUAGCAAGUGCGAAUGGAAUACCCUUCCUCCGCCUGACGAAGCCCCAGCCGCCAACGCUCACCCGCGUGAUACUCCAAAAGAUGAAGAGGAACAACCAGAGGUUCGACGAUCGGGUUCUGCUUGGGAACUACUACAUGCCUCAGGCGGAGCAGGAGGACGAGUGGGAUGCCAUCUUGCUGAGGAAUCUAGGUGUUUCGAAGGAUGAGGCGGGCGCUGAUCAUAUACAAUGGGUUAAUGCGGUUGCUCACGCGACGCGCAAGAAUCUGAAGGAGUUUAAUAGAAACACGUCGAACACUCUGCGGCUUAGGGAUAGGAUGAUAGAGAUUAUAGACAAGGAGACCGAAUUGGCAAAGGCGGAGGGUCAGGAGGUAGUCCGGGGCAAGAAGAGCAAACAGAGUACGAAGAGGGUUGCUAGAUGAAUGAAUGAUACCCAG